AUGGGGAACUGGCUAUCGCGGGACAGGGGGAAGCCAGUCCAGCGGAAUCCAGCUGAGCGGAAGUCAAACGAGGGGGACGCAAGCGAGCGGAAGCCAGUGGAGCAAAAGCCGAUCGAGAGGAACCCGGUAGAGCGGAAGCCGGUCGAGCGGCAGCAGGUCGAGCGGAAGCCGGUCGAGCGGAAUCCGUUUGAGCGGAAGCCAUUCGAGCGGAAGCCAUUCGAGCGGAAGCCAUUCGAGCGGAAGCCCUUCGAGCGGAAGCCAUUCGAGUGGGAAUUGAUCGAUAAGAAUCCGGUCGGGGGAAGCUCUCGCGGGGAUAGGGACAAGGCGUUUGCGCGGAGCCUUCGGUCGGCGAUCGUUGGGGAGAGCGCGGAGCGGCGCGGGGCGGAGGGGGGACUGGGAGAGGUCGGCCCCGCCCGGAUGGCGGAACCACUCCGCGGGGAGGAAGGGGAAAGGCUAGCGCGCGUGGAGCGGGAGACAGGUAUAAGCGGAGGGGAAGGAUCCGGGGGCAAGAGAGAGGAUGCAGGGCGAGUAGUUGACGUGAAAGGCAUGUUAGCGGAGGGGGGUGCGGUCGAGGUGAAGGGGGAAGCGGAGGAAACGAGUGGAGUGGCGGAAGCGAUGGAGGAGGAUGCGGGAGGGGUGGCGGAACGGCCAGCGGGGGGAAGCGCGGGAGGGGAAGAAUCGAGGGAGGAGAUGAUGGUAGAGGCGGGGGUGGAGGGAGCGGGCGGAGCGGAGGAAGCAGGGGGCGCAGAGAAAGCAGGGGGAGCAGAAGGGGCGGAGGGAGCAGGGGGCGCAGGGAAAGCAGGGGGAGCAGAGGGAGCGGAGGGAGCAGGGCGAGAGGAGGCGCGGAGUAGCGCAGAGGAAGAAUUGCGGGGAGGGCUGCAGGAGGCGUGGCAGGAGGAGCCGCAAGAGGAGCAGAAAGAGGAGCAGCAAGUGGGACAGCGAGAGGGACGGCAAGAAGAUGCGGGCGCUGCUGGGUUGGUGAAUGACGGGUGUGAGGAGGUGAUGAGAGACGCGGCAGGCGAGGGGGAGGAGGAGAGGACGGCAGGGGUGCUGGAGAAGGGUGACGGGGAGAGGCAUGUGGGAGAGAGCGGUGUUGGGGGGAAUGGUGUGGGAGAGAGCUUGUUAUCAGGAGAACCAGUGGAGGGAGACAGAGCAGGAAGUGAGGCGACGGGAAGACGCAGGAGGGACGAAGAAGAGGGCGAUGAUGAGAAGAAGGACGGAGUGGUGGGGUAUGAGGGAGCACGGGAUACGGGGACGGACGGCGAGAAGGAUUCAUCAGAUGUGAAGGUAGAGCACGAGGGAGGUGAGGAGGGAAAGGACGGGAGCGGGGGGGAGCCAGGGGAGGAGGGAGGGGAGGAGCGAGGGAAGGAGGGAAGGAAAGAGGGAGGGGAGGAGGGAAGGAAAGAGGGAGGGGAGGAGGGAGGGGAGGAGGGAAAGGAACAGGGAGGGGAGGUGGGAAGGAACGAGGGAGGCGAGGAUGAAAGGAAAGAGGGAGGGAAGGAGGGAGGCGAGGAGGGAGCAGAGGAACAGGCAGAGGGGAAGGGAGAGGGGGAGGAGAGGAGGAAGAAGCUGCUGAUACUGGAUGUGAACGGACUGCUGGUGGACACGUGCUAUGUGCGCGAUGGCAUACCGCCGGGGCAGCGCCCUCCAGACGGCCGUGCCAACAACUUCCAUGGUGCGCGCGUUGCGCUGCCAAGCAGCCACCCACUUUCCACCAUUGCGAUUGGAGCCUUGAUGAUCCGCCCACUUUCUGUGCCGGUGCAAGUCCUGGCCUUCUCCAUCCGCCUCACCUCCGCUUCCCCUCCCGGUUCACCACUUCUCUCUUUCCCCUUCGCUCCUCCUCCCUUCCCCCCCUCUCGCCCACCUCUCGCCCCUCCCCGCAUUCCCCUCCCCGCAUCCUCCCCCCGUUGCAGUGUACCGGCGGCCGUUCUGUACAACGUGUGUGCGCUGCUGGAGUUUGUCUUUCCGCAGCAGCGCCAGAACGAGAUCGCCUUCAUCUGGGACCAAGCACGGUGCACGAACACAGGGCUGAAGCACCCGGCGAACCGCCACAAGCCCAUCUUCCUAAAGGAGCUGAGCCACGUGUGGGGCAACGUGCACCAAGACAUGCCCUGGCCGCCCGGCACGUACGGCCCCUCCAACACGCUGCUGCUUGAUGACUCGCCCUACAAGGCCGUGCUUAACCCGGAGCACACAGCCAUCUUCCCGCAGACCUACCAUCUCACUGACACUCUCGACAAUGCUCUUGGUACCUCUUUCUUCCCUUUCUUAUUCCUCACUCUUGCUCUUCCUAUCUGCCAAGCAACAUCCACAGCUCUUCCACUUGCUUCAUUCCAUCAUGCCACAUACCAUCUUUCCCUCCUCUCUCUCUCUGUUCCCUUCAUUCCCUUCAUACUUCUCUUUUCCCUCACCGUUCAACGCCCCUCCUCCACCCCAUCUUCCCCAUUCCCCCCUUCCCCAGCACCCUCGGGAUCUCUCCGAGCAUACCUGUCACAGCUGGCAGCAGCAGCGGACGUCCCCACGUUCGUGUGCAGCAACCCCUUGGGCCUGCCUGCCGUCAGAGUCGCUCACUUGCACGACCUGCUGCUCCUGCUCCGCCCGCCGUCCCCUCCCGCACAUGCCUCAGCUGCUCCUGCUCGAGGUGCUUCACAUCGUGCUUCUGCCCCCUCCCAUGCUGCUGCUGCUGCUGCUGCUGCUGCUGUGGGUGCUUCUGGAAAAGGGGGCGGUGGGUUUGGGGGGGAUGCAGCUGGGCAGAAGAGGAAAAAGAAGCAGAAGAAGAAGCAGAAGAAAAAGAAACAGAAGAAGCAGGAGGCGUUGGCGCAGCAGCAGGGGGGUGAGAAGGAAGGAGGGGAGGAUGAGAGCAUGCAUGGUUCAAGUGCACUGGAAGGGAGUGCUUCCUUGAAUCAGCAUGAUGGUGGUGGUGAGGGAGGGGUGGUUGAGGAAACAGCUAGGCGGAUAGUAGAAGUGUCUGAAGGAGAAGAAGAAGAAGAAGGAGAGGAGGAGGAGGAUGAGGAAGAUGAGGAGGAUGAGGAGGGGGAUGAGGAGGAUGGGGAGGAGGAGGAAGAGGAAAAUGGCGAUGGCGCCGAGGGUGUUGAGAAUGCUGCUGGGGCAGGAGCUGCGUCUGUGCCUGUCACUAAUGGAGCGCCCACCCCUUCUGCUACUGAGUGGGUUCCAGCGGUGCCUGUUACCCACCACAGUCGCUGGGACCAGAAGCAAGGCUCUUUCUCUGCUGCCUCUGCUCAUGCUUCUGCUGCUGCUGGUUGCAGUGACUUUGCUGGUCGUGGUGACCUCACCACAGGGCCUAUCCGUGGGACUGCGGGUUAG